AUGAAGGUGCAACGGAUCAGAGUACUUCUAUUAAAAUCACACCCGGGCUCGUACCACGUCAUGGGGGUCUUAGGUCGCUAUUCACAAAAAGUGUCUGUCUCGAUUAACACAACACAAAUCAUCACAUACGACCUUCUCAAAAAAAUCGGACCGGACGUUCUCUUCCUUUCAGAUACGGCAGGAACUCCAGUACAACUUACAGUCGAUGAAAUUGACGCGAUUAAACGGUAUGUCUCGAACAACGUUGGCAAAGGUAUAAUAGCAACGUACGCGGCCUUUUGGUACGAAGAGUCUUACAAAGGCGAUAAAGUGAUCUUCAAUAACAGCGCACUUUUGGAGUUAUUUGGGCUUAAACAGAAUGCACAGUUUCGACCGAAAGCGUCACAAGUCACACUAAAAAGUAUUUCUAUUGAAGGAGAAUGGGUUAUUGGAGGGAAAAAUAAACUGGUAGGUGGGUACGAGUCUGUGCAAGUACCUACAACUUCUUGGGAAAAUAUACUCGGUGGGGCAACAGUGAUUGCAAUCGACGAGAAGACGGGCGGGUGCGUGACUUCGUACCACGAAGAGUUCUAUACGGCAAUGUACAUAAACAUGAUGCCAGAGUAUUCUUUUGGAAACACUAUGGGCGACCCUUUCUUAAUAGUCAAUAUGAUCGAAAACGUUUAUAAAAGUGCACGACACUCGUUGCAAUCGCUUUGUUAUUUGUCGCUGAAAUCAGCACACACGGUGAAACACCUUUUACAACAACAAGUUGUUAUGAAACAACUCUCUCCAGCAGCACUCAAAACGUUUGCAGAGUAUGCGACGUCGAGAUUUAAGAUGUCAAAGAAGAACAAAGUGUUUCUAAGAACUCUUGGGAUCACCGAAUUAACAAAACCACAGAAGAAGUGUAUCGGUUCAUUGUAA